CCUGCAUACAAUGCCAGAAGCAAACCUCGUGCUUUCUACAUGUCUAUUCAUCAUGGGUUGAGGGUGUCGUUUACUUGCCUCAGGGCUUGUACGAUUGACAAACACCACCACGCUGGCCCUUAUGUAAGCCAUGCACGGCCUUUUCGCUAAAACAGAGCUGUCUGUGAGCUCCACCGCACCUCACUCCUCUCCCACCACAGCCGGCAAACUCUGCGCCGCCGCGAGCAUCUUCGACUGCGGCCGGGCCGCUUGUCUUUCACUUACUCAUGGAUGUCGGAUGAGGACACGAAGCCUAUCAUGAGCUCCUCCACCGUAUCAGUGUCGGUCCCGACGCCGACACAGCAACAUCCGUUCCAGCGGAAAAUCGAUGAAAUCAAACCUUCGAAGCCUAGCAUCGACCUGCUCGUUAUGGACUACCUUGUCAGCCACGGCUAUCCGCGCACGGCCGCAAAGUUUGCGAAAGAAGCUGGCGUGCCUGCAUACCUCGUCGAGGAAGAAUCGAUCGAGGCUCGUGUAGAGGUCCGACAUGCCAUCCAUAAAGGCGAUAUCGAUACAGCUAUCAACAAGAUUAAUGAUCUUGACCCUCAGAUUCUCGACAAAGAUCCUGCAUUGCAUUUCGCACUUCUACGUCUUCAGCUCAUUGAGCUUAUCCGGAACUGCACGUCUGUACCGAACUCUGACAUCACCCCCGCCAUCAAUUUUGCUUCCUCUCAACUCGCGCCGCGAGCAGCUACCAACGAGACCUUUCUCAAAGAUCUCGAGCUCACCAUGACGCUGCUCAUCUUCCUUCCGUCGGACGAUCUUCAACCGCAAUUAGCCGAGCUUCUCAAACCAGAGUUGCGCCAGCAGGUAGCUGCUAAAGUCAACGAGGCUAUCCUAUUAAGCACGGGCGCACGAGGCGAGGCAAAGAUAUACAGCCUCUAUCGGACACGACAAUGGAGUGAGAUCAGAGCACGGGAAGCUGGCAAAGAUCUCCCAGCGAGUCUGCCGCUUGGUCUGGAGCCUAGCUCGGUUCAAGCCAAUGGUAAUGGCGAGUCUGGAGACGUUAUGGUCCAAUAGUGUGGCGGGUUGCGAAAUAGGUCAAUCAAUACCUUGAGCAGCCACAUCGCACAUCAGAUUACUAGGACUUACUUUACGUCCGGUAAUGGCUUGCAUAUCAGUUGCUUGCACUCGGUAUUUCGCGGCGACAUAAUGACGUGGAUAUGACACUAGAUUCUAGCCACGUGCAAGCCUGGCCUGAUUCAAGGUAGGCAUAGGGCGGUUGGGCUUUUGGAGAAACUAGGAUGUCGACGACGAUUCAAUGAUUACGAUACGAUACCAUUAAUGCAUCAUCAUUACUAAACUUCCU